AUGUUUCAACAAAUUCUUUCCCUCAUUGGCAGUUUUAACUUGGGGAACAAUGGUCUGGUUCCUAAUCUAGUCUCACAACAGACCGAAGUAUUACCGUUAAAUGCUUCAAUUGCAAUCAUAGGCGCUGGUGCAGGUGGGUCUUCGGCGGCAUACCAUCUCUCAAAUUAUUCACGCCAUCAGGUCGACGUGACUAUUUUUGAUAAAAACGACUAUAUUGGAGGCAGGGUCAAGACGAUUGAGAUUGAAGGCGAAUCUUAUGAACUUGGAGGAUCAAUAUUUGUCACCGUCAACUCUUUGCUGAUUGAGGGAGCUGAGCAGUUUAACCUUAAUAUCAGCACACCAGAGGAACCAGAAGGAAACAAUUCAACUGUAUCGGUAUGGGACGGUCAAGAACUUAUUUAUGACUUUCCAAGAGGUUGGUCUUGGUGGAAGGGUAUACUUUUUCUAAAGGACUUUGGGCUGUCACCGUUGUAUGCCACUUACUAUAUGAGAACGACUAUUGGAAAGUUCCUACAAUUAUACGAGGAGCCCCUUUUCCCAUGGUCAAGUUUGACAACUGUGGUUGAUGAGGUUGGUCUGACAGAAUUAAUUGGUACAGAUUCUAGAACUUGGCUUAAUAAAAAUACAUCAGUUGGUACUAAGUUUCAGGAUACUAUACUACAGGCUCUGACAAGAGUAAACUAUGCAUCGAAUUUGGAUCAUAUCCAUUCAUUAGCAGCAAUGGUCUGCUUAGCAGCUGAAGACGGUGUGCGUCAAAUCGUUGGGGGCAAUAACCAAAUCUUUCACAAUUGGGUUAAAGCUUCAGGCGCAUAUGUUAAAUUGAAUCAUCCAGUGAGCAAUAUUGUAAAAUCAAACGAAGGAUGGCUGGUAGAUGGCAACUAUUUCGACUAUGUUAUCCUCGCUGCACCAUUUGCACACUCGGAUCUUUCCAUUAUCAGUGGUACACACGGAGAAGACGUACACUUAAUUGAGACCGAGAAACUAAUCCCAGAUGUCCCAUACGUGGAACUGCACGUAACAUUUGUCUUAUCAAAGGAAAAGAUUGAUGGCGGUAAUUACUUUGGAAAAUACGGCUACUCAUACGGGACCAUCCUUACUACCACAACGCCACCCUAUGCUGAACCACAAUUCCUUUCUUUAUCUCAGGAGGGAACUACAGAAAAAGGACAUUAUGUGUAUAAACUGUUCUCGUAUGAAGACUUGAGUGACGAGCAAUUGAUUGAUAUAUUCGGAUGGGUUAAAACUCCUAAAACGCUUUUAAAAGUAUGGAGAAAGACUUGGUAUAGCUACCCAAAAAUGCAACCUGUAUCGGAGCUUGCUAAUAUUGAGAUAGCACCUAAUCUGUUUUAUACUAGUGGAAUGGAUCCAUUUAUUAGCACUAUGGAAACAAAUGCUCUGUCAGGAAAGAAUAUUGCCAAACUCUUACAGGCAAGAAUUUAUAAUAAACAGAACAACCAAUAA